AUGGCAUACCCCGAGCCACACAUUCACAACCCUACAGGUGCCCAUACACAUACCUUUGUAUUUCUCCAUGGAAGUGGGAGCAGUGGUCCCGAAUUCUGCGAGGAGAUGUUCUCCAUGGCAAAUUCAAAGAUGCUGAACUUGCCUCAAAGCCUUCCAACAUGGCGGUGGGUUUUCCCAUCCGCAAGUGUACGAUGGCGUUCUAGGUUUGAACAAGACAUGCCAGUAUGGUUUGAUUAUUACUCCCUCGAGGAUACAGAGGAGAAAAAAGAACUACAACUUGACGGCCUUCGAGAAUCAGUCUCCUACAUCCUCAAUAUCCUGGAACAAGAAAUUGAGCGAAUUGGCGAUCCUAGCCGUGUGAUACUCGGAGGAAUUAGUCUCGGUAUGGCGACUGCUCUGUGGACUUUACUUUGUGCACCAGGCCGGAUCGAGGAACCACUCGGUGGCGUUGUAUGCUUUUGUGGCUGGUUGCCAUUUGUCAACCAAACGGAAGAUUUGAUUCAACGUCUCUUAGACACGGAGAGAUCUGGCGUUUUUAGUGCGCUGGAAAGACAGCGCCAAGUAUCGAAGUUGUUUUUUGAUACUCUCUCUGGACUUGGCUUUUCACCAAUGAAAGAAGACGCCAACACAUCUGUGCUGCUGACACCGAUGUUCCUCAGUCAUGGAGUCGACGACGGCUUGGUACCAAUUGAGCAUGGUCGCCGGGCAGCUCAAACUUUGAAAAAAAUUGACAUACAGAUAGAAUGGAAUGAGUUUUCUGGUGCUGAAGCUAAUGGACAUUGGAUUAAGGAGCCUCAAGGCCUUGAUCAAAUUAUGAAAUUCAUCGAAGACCAUAUUAUGGACCUUUGA